AACACUGUACGGUGCACAAUCGAAAACAGAAAUAUCUGCUGCCGGCUACUUUAUCUCCUGUUUGUAGAUUUGCUAAGAUCCUUUUCCAGUUCCACUGCUCACACCAGAACGCUUCGAUAUGUCCAACAAAAACAAGAAGCAAUCGGAAAAUGCCCCAGCUAAGGAGGACGAGGUCGUUCAGAUCAACAAAUGGGAUGGAACUGCGGUUAAGCACGCGCUGGACGAUUCGGUGAAAACUGCUCUGAUGGAGCACAGCAACAUGAAGGAACAUUUCGCCAUCAUCGAUGGGCGACUGUUUAUUUGUGCGCAGGCGGUUGCGAUCGCCCUGGUGGCACUCGGUUAUGACUAUCAGUAUUCGUUCCCCGCCUCGAAGCCGGUACUGAUCGUGUGCGUAUGCUGCUACUUCUUCUUGAUGGGUGUGCUGACCAUCUACACGACAUACGUGGAGAAGGGCAUCUUUGUGGUGGGCAACCAGAAAGAUGGCAAUGGCAAUGUUAAACGGUGGCAAGCCAGUUCGGACAUGAAGAAGUAUGACGAUAAAUAUGAGCUAACGGUACAGCUGAGGGAUUCACGCGGAGUUCGGGAAGCUACGGUCACCAAGUCCGUGGCAAACUUCAUCGAUGUGAACGGUGUUGUGCUGGAUGAUCUGGUGGCCAGUGAGGUUAACCGUAUUUUGAAUUCUUUGAACGCCGAUCGCAAGGAUAAGUAAGCGG